CAUUGACUGCUGAACGCAUUUUGACAGGGCUGCCACUCCCUCACACGCCCACAGUGGCCUCGAGUUCCUCGUUCCGGCGAAUUUGUAAAAUGACCAAUUUACUUCAAGAAUGGUUAUUAGCACAAGAAAAAGAGCUGUUGCUAACUGUUCUCACGUGGCCAUGACAAUGCAACUAUCCCCAAUUCUGAUUUUUGCGUAUCGAGAAGAGCUAAGAUGACUACGGAGAUUCUAGUGACCCCGGCCGAAGAAGAGCCCUUGACAUGCCAACAGCUGCGAGAAGACGAGAGUCGGCAUUUCUCAGACUCUAUUACCAACACACCGCCGCAGCAAAUUGUGUGCAGCAAUAGCAGUUACGUGGGCAUCCACUCUGGUGCCUUCCUGGACAUGCACAGCCCUAUGGAGGUCUCCACGUCGGUGGUGCUCAACUUCUGCCGCAAGAACGUGCUCCGCCACUACUUCCGGCUCCUCGCCGUCGUCGGCUGGCUUCCCCUAGUGGAUGCCAGCGAGCCUGCACACUGCCAGCCCGCGCUCCAGACACUCAAUGUCAUGUACAACCUGGUAGUCUUUGUCGUGCUCUUUAUGGGGCAGAUGCUACAGUACGCGUCCUGCUUUCGUAGAGACGGCAUCAUGAACUACAGGUCAUCGGCGCUCCACUUCAACACCCUCAAGCACUUCGGAUGGGUCGAAGGAAGUGACGCGACAUGUGGCGGCAGCUGGUUCGCUGUGUACGUUCUACCAUCGGCAAUGCAGAUAUCUGCGUACGUAAUCGCCUUGGUGCAUAUGCGCUCGAGCGAGUACGAACAGUUCCAAGCACUCGUGGAAAAGGUGUUCCUGCAACUGACCACCAGUGGCGUCUGGAACGUUGCCAGGAAGCGCAUCACUCGUCGUCUGCACGCCGUCUACGCCGCCGGAGUGUUCUGGAUCCUCUGCUCGUUGGCGUCGCAGUUGCUCAACAUUUACGCCGGCGGCACGCUAAACUUCCAGUGGAUCUACGUCUCCGAGGCCGACGAGGAGGUUCACUACUUCCUCCUUGCGGCACUCGUGCUGAUGCUUAUGUUCCACGACGUCGUGAGCAUGACCCUCGCCACGAGCUACGCUAUCCAUUGCCAGCUGGUGCUCGUCUACCUGCAGAACAUGUCGCAAGCCGUGCGCGAGAAGCGGACGACGUUGCUCGAGUUCUACCGCGGCAUCGGGGAGGCCCGCAAGAGCGUCCGCUUCCUCAACCAAAGGCACGCGCUCGCUGUGACCGUGCAGACAAUGUGGGUCGCCUCCAGGACGGUGGUCUGCUUCUACGCCCUGCUGAGCACACCAUGGACGCAGUGGCAGCGCUUCGCGGCUGCCUGGCUUAACGUGGCCGUAUGGUUCUCGCUCCUGCUCAUUCCCCUGGUGCAGGCGAGCCGACUCAGCUCCGAGUGCAACCACGUCCGCGAAGUUGGGCUGGAGAUAAUGGCGAGGCCUUUUGGCUACGCCAAUGUGCCAUCGUCUGAUCUGGACACGUUUCUUCUCUUUACGUCCUCGCUGCGAAUGCAGGCCAAGCUCUGCGCCCUACCCGUGACCAAACGCACGGUCGUAUUUGUGUUCCUGCUUAUAGGACUCAGCUUGUUCAUGUCCGUGCAGCUUGACAUCGUUCAUUUCAGGCCCUAGGUGAUUAUUCAAAGCCUUGAGUCACUGUCUGGUAACUUAAAAAUGUUUUAUUUUUCUUGUUUCUUUCUUUUUGCAUGCGGUAAAGAAAAAGCUAACGUUUUUUUUUGUGUGUGUGUCUCCAAGAAAAUUUACAAUUCCUUGCGUAUGAAUUUCUGUAGCCAGCUGUCUGCUUAUAGAGUGUUACUAAAGCUGCGUUCCCAGUCAUUUUACUUAUUACUAUAUAAAUACCACACUUCGCUACAGUGUGUAUACAUGCUCUGAUUUCAUAUCAGUUAAAACAUUAGCUCAGGUGACGUGCAUAUAUAGUAGAAUGUUGCCUCAGGUGGCGUUAUAUUUUCGAAAGCAUCCAUAUUGGGAGUUUCUGACAUCAGAACGUAUAUGUAUUGGUGUAUUUUUGCUCAUAACUAUAAAAACUAUUCCUCGCAGAGCACUAUCCCUGCAAGCAUGUCUUGUCAAACGACAAAUCAAAAGCGGUAACAAAUCGUUUAACCAACGCAAUGUUGCAGAGGAGAAAUGACGCCAUCGGCAUGCCCCUGAAGCCUUAAGCAACAUCGUCUAGAGUUGGAUUCUUUCCGUUUCGGUUACCAGCAAAUAAUGCUAAUCAUUCUUUUAUUGACUGUCUGUUUUAUUCUGGAAAUUUUAUGUCGGCAUUGUUGAUUUUAUGAGAUUAAAUAAAAAUUUAACCCAGAACUUUCA